GUGAGAGGUGGCCACAUGGGGCCUGGGCCCUGUCCGGGAUGCCAGCUGCAGCAGUGAAGCCCGCUCUGGAGGACAUGGUGGCGGAGGGAGGGGGCGAAGGAGAGCGUGGCGUGUCCCAGUGGGAAGCCACAGGGGUGGGCCGGGAACGGCUGCCCUCCCUGAAGGUCCCUAGGGAGCUGCUGCGGAGCUUCCCCCACUCCAAACGGGUGGGAUCCUACCUGGUGGGGAAAAUGAUCAACAAGGGUUCCUUUGCCAAAGUGAUGGAGGGGCUGCACAUCGGCACGGGGGAAAAGGUAGCCAUUAAGGUGAUUGACAAGAAGAAAGCGCGACAGGACUCAUAUGUGCUGAAGAACAUGAAGAGAGAACCUCGAAUUCAUCAGAUGAUCCGACAUCCUCAUAUCGUCGUCCUGCUGGAGACUCUGGAGACGGAGAACAGCUACUACAUGGCCAUGGAGCUCUGUGCUGGAGGAGACCUGAUGGACAGGAUCUGUGAGAGGAAGAGGCUGGAGGAGAGGGAGGUACGACGCUACACUCGUCAGAUCCUUUCUGCAGUGGAACACCUGCACAAACACGGCAUCGUACACAGAGAUUUAAAGAUUGAAAACUUCCUGCUGGACGAACAUAAUAACAUAAAGAUUGUGGACUUUGGCCUGAGUAACACUCUGAAGGCUGAAUCUUUGUCUCUGGAGCUCCUCAACACCCAGUGUGGAAGUCCUGCCUACGCAGCACCUGAGCUGCUCGCUCACAGGAAGUAUGGACCCAAAGUGGACGUCUGGUCGGUAGGUGUGAGUAUGUUUGCCAUGCUGACAGGGACUCUGCCCUUCACUGUUGAGCCUUUCAACAUCAAACACCUGCACCAGAAGAUGGUCAACGGAGAGAUCAGCAGCAUCCCCAGUGACGUCAGCAAAGGUGCGGUGGCGUUUGUGUUGUCUCUCCUGGAGCCGGACCCAGCUAAGAGACCCAGUAUCAGAGCCGCGAUGGAGGAGAGGUGGAUCAAUGAGGGAUAUGCCAAGAAACCACUACACACACUCUCUCAUAAAAACAGGUUGUGUCCAGAGGAUCUCAACUCGUCUGUGCUAGCAUACAUGACAGAGACCCUGGGCUACUCUCUCUCUGAAAUCAUUCACACACUCACCACCAACCGACCCUCUGCCAUCAUGGCCUCCUACCACCUGCUGCACAACAAGCUCAGCAGGAACCAGAAAGGAGUCAAGGCCAGCAAGAAGCUAGAGAGCAAUGACUGGAGUCUUCCAAGCAAGAAUACAUGGCGAGAAAGGAAUAACACUGACUCAAAGACUCAGCAACAGAAUGAACCGACUAAUGAAAAAAGCUCGAAGCAGUCCGGCAGGCCUCUAAGAGCCCAACAGACAACUGAGUGUCAGAACAACAGGAAGAGGCCCGAGGACCUGCACAGGAAGGACCACCAAGAGGACGCAGAGAACCGCCCCCCCUCUCCAUCUCUACCCCAGCUUCCUCACUCUGCCUCCCCCUCCAUACCCCCUCGCCUUCCCUCCCCCUCUCCUGCCCGUUUGUCUGCAGAGGAUGGAGCCACUGAUGAGGAGAUCGCCAUCACCUUGGACACCAGAGAGAUGCUGUUCCCUGAAGUGUCUGCGUUCGGAGACAGAGAGCUCGUCCAUCUUUCUCCUCCGAAAAGCUCUGCAUCUCAACUCUGUGACUCUGCCCCUUGCCAAGUCCCCUUACCCGCUGAGCCAAUCAGAGAUAGCAGCACGUCCAGACCGAUCCGUCACACACACCUGCUCAGGACAACUCAAUCAGACGGGGCAGCAGACGCUGGGUCAGACUGCUUCCAUGACAACCGCCACCAGGAGGACUACUCUCAUCACCUGAGCAUCAACGAGCGUCUGGAGAAGCUGCAGACAUUUUAUUCCUCAGAGAAGAAUGGCAUCUCUCCCAGGAUGCUCCUGGAGGCCGACACACACACCACGCACUCCGCAGACAGAGACCACCUGGGCACCAUGGAGAGGACACAGACGUCCCCCUCUGCCCCACUGCCCCGCCUGCGCAAUGUGGGGCUAAAAGAUGGACGAGGCAGGAAGAUGACAUGGGUAGGGUUGACCCGACCCGGGCCCCCAGGACUACUGGUGAACGGGUCUAAACCUCCCGCAUUCCCCUCGCAGAGACAAAAUACUUUGGUCAUUAAGAGCCUCAGACAGGAGAGAGGCAAGAGAAGAGAUCUGUCGACAGCCGGAGGUGGAGGUGGAGGAGGAGGAGGAGGAGGAGAGAGAGGGACAGCGGGAGGAGGGAUGAAUGGAGCAAAGAGGAACUCAGUUCAGUUACGUUCAUCUCUCCAGCGUCGGGUGGCGGACCUGAAUCUGCCGCUGCUUCCUGCAGCCCUGCAGGGGAAGACAGAUAGGAAGAACCAGCUACACAGCAUGGACUACUGAUACAUAGAUGGGAGGAGACAAUAAACAGACGCCAGAAAAAGCUGCAAUGGCAGGAGAAGAUAAGAGAGGAUAGUGACAUAUUUGGAAAGGAGGUUAGCAAUUAAGAAAUACUGGCCUGUAUUGAAAUAGGGGCAACAUUAAGGUGAAUGAAAGUGGAGAAGAAGGAUAAUGGGUGGAUGGUAUAGAAUACUGAAUAGGGCAGCAGUUGAGAACUGCGCAUGAACAUUUUGAGGAACAUAUAUAUAUGCUGCAGUGCCAAAAAUUCUAAAAUUCUAAACAAGCUAAUCAAUUUUAAUGCGGUCUUCAGUAGCUAGGCUUUGGUCUAGCAGUUUACCAUUUUCUUCACCAUGUUAAUCUCCAUCCAUCACAAUGUGAAGU